AUGUGUUCACGGGGCCGUAAGUUAGUUGACCUUGCUUUAAUAGACACAGAUACUGGUUUAGAUAUUCGUUCGGAGUCAACACAUAGUCUUUCAGACACAAUUAGCAAGUCAGCGUGUAAUGAGGAGGUUGGAGACAAUUGCUUGGUAGAAAAUUUGAUAAACUCUUCUCAAAAAGUUGCUAACCAUGAUUCAACUAAUAACGCCAUUACUAUUGAUGUUGCUAUCGACACUGUUCAACAGGUUGAACUCCCAAUGUGUGAUGAACAUAAUAUUGUUUUGGAACAAGUUGUGAUGCAUGACUUCCGUAAUGAGUCAGAAGGCACUACUACUAUUGAUAUUAAUAAUAUACCAGUAAUAAUUGAAACACCUCUGUUUAGUGAAGUUUGUCGAGACGUUGAUGAUUUUCAAAUUGAAAUUAUUACAGACCCUACUCCUAUUACAGCCUCUCUCGAACAUACUCUUUCGGAUAAUCACGAACAUCUAACGCAGCUACAUAUUCAGAAAGAAGCAACUACAGUGUUAAGAAAACGAAACCGUAAACGGAAGCCUGAGAGCUGGGCUAAAAAUCAUAACAAACAACUCAGAAUGGAAGGUAAGGCUUAUAUCGGUUACCGAAAUGUUCUCGGCAAAGUAACAAAUGAUGCUAAAAGAAAAGAAAGACAAAUUGGACCAACUUGUACUUCCAAAGAAUGUUUAAGAGUUAAAUCAAAGCAAUGUUCGCAAAUAACACAAGAGCAGCGCGUAGAAGUUUUUAAAGCAUUUUGGAAUACCAUGAAUUGGGAGCAACGAAAAGUUUAUGUUGUUAACCAUGUAAUGAGUGUACCCCGGAAACGAGUAUAUACCCAACGUGAAUUGAGUCGCAGGCAUACCACAUUAAAUUACUAUUUAAGUAUCAAUAACUCCAAAGUACAAGUGUGCAAAAAGAUGUUUUUACAAUCAUUAGAUUUAGGUGAAUACUGCGUUAUGGAUUGGGUAAAGAAAGGUAAGCAUGGAAUGAGCGAUUCGAAUAAACAAAUUGAAGAGACAUUGCCCAAUAAACAGGUACAAACUGGAAGCAAGCUAUUUAUGACUGAAUUUUUUAAUAGCUUACCCAAACUUCCAUCACACUAUGGAAGAGCCAAUUCCUCGAAACUUUACCUGGAAGACGUGUUUCGUAAUAUACAACAUCUUUACGAAGUAUACAAGACCAAAUGCUUAGAAGAAAAACAACAACCGAUGUCGCGAAGUGUCUUUAGUGACACAUUUCAUUUAAUGAAUUUGUCAAUUCAUCCAAUUAAGAAGGAUAAAUGUGACGUUUGUGUAAAGUAUGAAGUUGGUCAGCUUGCAGAAGAUGACUACCAACUUCAUAUACUAAAAAAGGAUAGAGCAAGAGAGGAAAAGCAGAAAGAUAAAGAAUCUGGUGUAUGCGUAUUGGCAAUGGAUUUAGAAGCCAUUAAAGUCUGCCCGUUUGUUACAGCUAGUGCAAUUUUUUAUAAAACAAAAUUAUCAUGCCACAACUUUACUGUGUAUGAUUUAGUUAGUCAUCAUAGUACUUGUUUUUGGUUUACAGAGGUCGAAGCAGAUAUGACUGCUUCUACUUUCACAACUUGUAUAAUACAGUAUUUGUCCAAGCACUGUCAUAAUGUAAAGGGUAGCUUGAUAAUUUACAGCGACGGAUGCACGUACCAGAACCGAAAUGUGGUGUUGUCAAACGCACUCUUGCAAUAUUCCGUGGAAAAACGGAUUGUAAUUAUGCAGAAGUAUUUAGAGGUAGGUCACACGCAAAUGGAAUGUGACUCGGUCCAUAGUUGUAUCGAAAGGCAGUUAAAGGGACGUGACAUUCAUUUGCCAAGCGAUUUUAUACGAGAAACUAAACGAGCAAGAAAGAAUCCAUUUCCAUAUGAAGUCAAACAAAUGCAGUAUACCGAUUUUCUUGAUUACACUUCAAAGAAGAAUCAUCGAUACUCAUCAAUUAGACCUGGAAAAACAGCAGGCGAUCCUACAGUAAAUGAUAUACGAGCCUUAAAGUAUGUUCCAGAAGGAACUAUUUACUAUAAAUUAAACUUUGACGAUGACUGGAGUUUGCUACCUCAAAGACCAAAACUUGUUAAGUUACCGGUUGUUUGGCCUCAAAUGAACAAAGAGAGAAGGAAAAUAAAAUAUGAAAAAUAUUGUCAUCUUCAACAACUGAAAGAAGUAAUUCCAGUAGACUGCCAUACAUUUUAUGAUACGUUACCUCAUUUUGAUAAAUAA